AAAGAAACAAAGAUGGCGCCCCCCUGCGAAGCAUACAUUUGAGUGAUACAUGCAGAAAUCGAAAAGUUAAUUUUUUUUUUUUCUUCUUUAAACAUUUAUCUUACGCUGGUGGCAGCGGCAGUAGGAGCAGAAGCGGCCGCUCAGGAGGAUGUCUGUCAUGCUGCACGUUCUCUGUUUGUGUUUCAUGCAGCUGGUGUGCGUGUCGGCAGAGCAUGUGGACGGUGAUUCCACUGGCACAUUGGAUUAUAUCUACACACAUUUGAAGCGGUUAUGGCUAAACCGUUUUUACAUUUAUUCUUGUGCUGCAUUUGGCGUCACCAUCUGGUUUUGCAGUCACUUCAUCAGCUUGAAAACAAAGGAUGAACAGUACGUUACACAGAAUGGUUCUACACCUGUGCACAGUGCAAAACAGACAAAUGAUAGUUCAUCUGCAUCAACAGAGCAGGAAGUCCAUGUUUCUGGUGUGAAGAUUUUCUAUGGCUCUCAGACAGGCACAGCCAAGGGUUUUGCACAUCUUCUGGCAGAAGACAUAACCGAUCUGGGCUUACCAAUAAAUGUUAUAAACUUAAAGGAAUAUGAUCCGGAUGACCACUUGGUAGAAGAGACCACAAGUAGAAAUAUCUGUGUUUUCCUGGUUGCCACUUACACGGACGGACAGCCUCCUGAAGGUGCAGAAUGGUUCUGCAAAUGGCUGGAAGAAGCCUCUAAUGACUUCCGUUUUGGAAAAACAUUUCUUAAAGGCAUGAGAUAUGCUGUAUUUGGAUUGGGCAAUUCAGUGUACAGCAGUCAUUACAAUGUGGUUGGCAAGAACAUUGAUAAGUGGCUGUGGAUGCUGAGUGCCAACCGUAUUAUGACUCGCGCUGAGGGAGACUGCAAUGUUAUAAAAAGCAAGCAUGGCAGCAUUGAGGCGGAUUUCAGCACCUGGAAGGCCACGUUUCUGAGCAGGCUUCAAGCUCUAAUGAAGGGGGAAAAGAAAGCUUGCAGUGGGAAGUGCAAGAAGGGGAAGUGCAAAUCUAAGAAAGGGUCCGCUGCAGAAGAUAUAGCACAAGCAGGAGACAGAAUGGAAGAUUCUGAGAGUGAUCACACAGAGGAGGAGCUCUAUGAAACAACUAGUGAUUCGGAGUUAGAAGGGGAGACGGAAGCUGGAUCCAGUGGUCUGAUUGAUGUUGAAGAUUUAGGGAAGGCUAUGAAUAACAUGAAAAAAGAAAAGAGAACACGAAAUGUCAUUGAAGAAGAUGGAACCCUGGGCAAAUCUUUGCAGAGUAAAGAAUCCAAGGAGAGCGAAGAACCAAGAGAAAUGAUUACUCCUGCUCUCCAGGUGGCUCUAACUAAACAAGGUUACAAACUGAUUGGAAGCCAUUCAGGUGUUAAACUCUGCAGAUGGACCAAGUCCAUGCUACGCGGGAGAGGAGGCUGUUACAAGCACACAUUCUAUGGCAUUGAAAGUCACCGAUGUAUGGAAACUACACCAAGUCUGGCAUGUGCUAAUAAAUGUGUCUUCUGCUGGAGGCAUCAUACCAAUCCUGUGGGAACAGAAUGGAGGUGGAAAAUGGACCAACCUGAAAUGAUCUUGGAAGCAGCCAUUGAAAACCACCAAAAUAUGAUUAAACAAUUCAGAGGUGUACCUGGAGUGAAACCUGAUCGAUUUGAAGAAGGAAUGGCUGUCAAACACUGUGCACUGUCUUUGGUAGGCGAACCAAUCAUGUAUCCAGAGAUCAACCGCUUUCUCAGAUUACUACACCACAGACAAAUAUCGAGUUUCCUAGUUACAAAUGCACAGUUCCCAGAUGAAAUACGGUGUCUGGAGCCAGUCACCCAACUGUAUGUGAGUGUGGAUGCAAGUACUAAAGACAGUCUCAAGAAAAUUGAUCGCCCACUCUUCAAGGAUUUCUGGCAAAGAUUUAUUGACAGCUUGAAGGCCUUGGCAGAAAAGGAACAGAGGACCGUUUAUCGAUUGACUCUGGUGAAAGCUUGGAAUGUGGAUGAAUUAAGAGCAUAUGCUGACUUGGUUACCGUUGGUAGACCGGAUUUCAUUGAAGUGAAGGGAGUGACCUACUGUGGUGAGAGUUCUGCCAGCAAUUUAACCAUGGCUAAUGUGCCUUGGCACGAAGAGGUUAUUCGCUUUGUACAAGAGUUAGCUGAUCUGUUACCGGACUAUGAAAUUGCUUGUGAACAUGAACAUUCAAACUGUAUGCUGAUUGCUCAUAAAAAGUUCAAGAUUGAUAAUGAAUGGUGGACUUGGAUUAAUUAUGAGAAGUUCCAACAUCUCGUCCAGGAAUUUGAAAAGAGUGGAGGCAGCCAAAAAUUUACUGCUUUGGACUAUGUAGCAAAAACACCGAACUGGGCUCUCUUUGGCUCCACAGAGAGAGGCUUUGAUCCUGUAGAUACACGGUUUCAACGGAAAAAAACAAAGGACAUCUCUGGUUGUUAGGAUGUAUCUAGUUAAGUUACUGUUUGAUACACAGAAUCUAGGUGCAAUUUCUUAAUAAAUUGUCCAGUAAAAUUACUAACAAAAAAUUACAGGGUUAUUUACUGAAUUGAGAAUUCAAAGUGAAUUUCAAACUUAAGGUCAAAAUAGCCAAACUGAAAAAUUAUUUAUCGGGAGUUAUACACCUUAGUGAAAUAAAAAAUAAA